AUGGAAGUGCCGACUUCCUCUCCGUCUUCUCCCGUCGCGCAAGCCUCGACGCAACCCAAGUGUGAAAGUUCGUCUCCGCGUCUCGCAGCCGUCAAGGCCGAACCGGGUUGCCAGUCCGACCCUCCGGGGCCCGCGUCCGAAAAUGUAGGCCCUCCCGUCUCCACUGUCCCCACACAGACCGCCCCGCCCGGCGACGCUUCGCGAUCUGAAAGGCGCAGCCUGACGGAGGGCGCGGCCUUGCCCGAAGCGGCUGCCCCGCCCGCGGAGACAGUUGGUGCGCCGGAGGGCGAGGCGGGAGCUCCAGAGACGAGCCCGCAAGACGGCCUGGACGCGCCUUCCUCGCCCCAUGGAAGGGCCAGCGUGAGGAGUACACUCAAUGUGGCUCGGUCCACGUGUUUGUCGAUCUUGAACGCUCUUUCGCUGUGCUGUCCGGAGUGGAAGAAGAAGGACAACUUCCGUUCCUUCUACUUCCACUUUGCGCAGAUCUCGCAGGCUGCCGAUCGGUCCUUCCUCGACAUCUACUUGACGAUCGUCUUCGACAAAAUCAUCCGCAGUCUCCCUCCUCAGCCCUGUCCGCCGCCGAUCCCGCUCGUGGUAAAGGCCAUUCGCGAAAUCCCACAGAAUGACGUGAACGACAUCACCGCGGAGCUCGACGCCCUGCGCCUCUCUUCUGCCGCUGCUGCGGCGCAGGCAGCGGCGACCUCGGGCGCCUGCAUCGACUUCGAGCCGUCUCUCUCGCUCUCGGCCCUCGCCGAGGCCAGGCCCUCGCAGUCCCACAGCGGCUUCUCGCCCAAGGGGAAGAAGGGCGAAGACACGGGCCUCGUAUCGCCCAGAAAAACCGCACGCGCGUCUCCCACUGGGGACAGCCAGGGCACGACCGCGCCCUCGCAUCCACGGGGCGGCCGGGGAGGCGUCCGCGGAGGCCUCGGCCGCGGAGGCUCUGGCGCGGCUCGGACGCAGAGAGGAGGCAUGGCGCAUGCAGGCGCGGACGAGGAGGGCUUUCCUGACGAGUUCGCCGAGGAGGCUGGGGCGCCCGAGAGCGCCUCGCCGGCGACGGGCGCGGCGGGCCCUGCGGGAGGCUCGACGCCGCAGGCGCUGCGUCGGCUCGUGGGGGGGAUCUCCUUCAACCGCAGCGGGAACGCCUGGGUGGCGAGCUGGGUGACCAGGACCGACUUCAAGCACCGGUACAAGUACUUCAAAACUGCCGACUUUGGAUACGAGCAGGCGCGCCUUCUCGCGAUCCGCUUCCGCCAACACAAACUGCUGUCUGGCGACGCGGUCGUGGAGGCGUCGGAGCUCCAGCAGCGCCUGCCGCACGGGCUGGGCGUCGGUGCCGCGGCUGCCCACUACGCGCCCGGAGCCUCCGCGGAAGGUGACGGCGCAGACGAGGCGUUCGCGAACGACGAGAGCGAAAAGGGCGAGGACGGAAUGGAAGCCGCAGCGGGUGUUUCUUCGGCGCACCGGCCUGCGCGGUCUCCACCAAAGGGCGUACUCGACGUCGCGGGGGCCGGCGGUCUGGGGCUCUCGACCGCGCACGACCGAGGCUUUGAGGCGCGCCCGCGGGGCGGCGCGAACUUCCGCGCGACGGAGCCGUCGCCCAUGGAGGGCGUGUACUACCGGGAAGGCGGGAACGGGGGGACAGGCUCUGCCUCUUGGCAGUGUCGCUGGUCGGUUGGCGGCAAGAAGUACAGCAAGACGUUUGCGGUCAGCAAGUACGGCCCGGACAAGGCGCGCGAGCUCGCGAUCCGGUUCCGGCUCCAGCAGUCCGAGGCGAUGCUCGGGACGCAGGGCCAGGAGAACUACACGAACCGGAGUUUGGAAAUGGUUAUUUCCGAGGGCGACCAGAACCCCGUGAUCUUUGAUCGCGACGCCUCCGCCCACGCAGAGGUCCCACACGCCGCGGCAGGGCCCGCCCCGGGAGGCCCCGCGCACCGCUCGCCUGCGCAAGUCGCGCUCUCCUGGUCCGACAGCGGAGGCCCGGACGAAUGUGAAGGAACCUUCUCGGAUGGGCACUUUGCGAGGAAGCCAGGAGCUUCUGGCGACGGGUUCGGGCGGCGCGCAGGCGGCGGGGGCGUCGCCUCGAACGCUCUUUCUCCACAGGGGUUCCCCGCUGGGGCCCACGGCUUGUCACCGGGCGUCCCGUCCUCGUGCGGCGAGGAGACGCCGUCCCAGUCCGGGACUGGGGAGCGCGGCGGGGCCUGGCAAGCGGGCGUGAAGUUCGACGAGGCGACAAACGCGUGGAAAGCCUGGUGGCGGCACAACGGCGGUCGCGCAGUGUUCAAGGCGUACCCAAUCGCCAGGUACGGCGAGGCGGUGGCGCGAGAGAAGGCGGAGACGGCGAUGCGCGCCAAGGCCUUGGAACUUCAGGUGAUGGGUGGCGACGUACCGCGGACUGGCGCUUCUGCCGAGGGUCGGGAAGCUGCGCGUUUGUAUUCCGCGCGGUCGCGCGGCCGUGGAGCCUCACCCUACGGCCAGGCAUUCGCGGGGGGCUCUGGCGGGCACCAGGCGGGCGCCACGGCCUCGGGGAUUUCGCCUGCAGAAGGGCGAGGGCCCGCCGCCAUCUACUACGCGAGGCGCCCAGAGGAAGAAGGCGCAGGCGCUUCCUCGCCGUCUUCGCGCCGCGCCUCCCCAGGGGCCGGAGGCCACGCCGGCGCGGCGAGUGCGGCUUCUCUCGCAUCGUUCCUGUCUCGGGGCGCGGGCGGGGUCUUGUUGCCGGGUGAGGCGGAUCUCGAGGAGCACGAUCUGAAGGGGAUUCUGGACCUCGACAAGCGCGUGCCGGGGAGCGUCUUCCUCCAGCAGUCCGCCUACUGUCUCUCGUUUGGAGGCGGCGGCAAGUGGGUUGCUUCCUGGGGCGUGGGCGGGUCCGACCGUCUCCUCUCCCGCAGCUUCUCAGUCUCGCGCUUCGGCUUUGCGCAGGCGCGCGCAAUGGCCGAGCACUGGCGCCGCACGAAGCUGCUCAAGCUCUGGCGAACGGAGCAGGAGCGGAAGGAGACGGCAAGCAGGGAGGCCCUCAUGAUGGUGGCUGCGGGAAGCUCGCGCCUCGGCAAAGACAGGAGCGGCGGCGCGGCCGCCUCGAGUCUCUCGGGGAAAAAGGGCGACAUGCACUUGGGGCUUCUGCCGCCUCAUCGCCACACGCCGUACUCGCACUCGCCGUCUCUGGCGGGCAAGCGGGGGAGUGGGGCUGCCGCGGGCAGUGGGGCCGUGGGGACGACGUCCUCCGCUCUUCACCACUUUUUGAAGCUUUCGCAGGGGCGUGCGACGGGAGGCGCGGAGGCGUGGGCUCCAGGCAAGGGCGGAGGGGGCCGAGGCGCCGGAAAGGGGGACUUAUCACCCACGAGUCGCCUCGCGUCGUCGCUCGAGGCCGGCAGCAUGUGUGGGGCAGGGGAGGCGAGCGGGGCGUCUCCAGGAGACCGCGGCAACGGCUCGCAGAGCCUCUCGCAGUACCCGUUGGGACUCAGAGACGAGGGCGAAGAGGGUGCAGAGGAGGGCCUCGCCUCCAGCUGCGAGGGCGAUGGGGUGUCGCGCCUACUCCCCCCCUCUCGGGUGUCGGGCGCAGGCGCAGCUGGCGGCGUCCUGGCGAAGAGGGAGAAGGACAACGAAGAACGGAGACCACAUCCUUUGCUUCAGGACGACGAACUGUCUCCGCACGCGUCUGGCGCAUCCUCGUUCGACGUGGUCUUCGACGCGCAGGCGCAGGCGUGGAACGUGGAAAUGCUGUCGCUGCGGGGGGAGAAGGUCGUGAAGAGCUUCUCGGCGGUCGCCCUCGGCGGCGUAGAGGCGGCCAGGCGCAGUGCUUUGGCCGCUCAGAGAGGCAUGGAGGCGGAACUCGUUCGCGAGUACCUGGAUGCAGACAAGGGGACGGUGCACUUGGGAGUCUCCUUCGACAGGAGACACCUGGCCUGGCGGCUCCAGCCGGCGGUCGUCGUGGAGGCGGUGCUGAAGAAGCUGCGGACGGAGACCGAGGAGACAGAAAAGGGCUCUGCGGGCGAACCCGUAGGCGACGUUCCGGAAGUCAAGGCAGAGGAAGGCGACGGGUUUGCCGCUCGCGAAAAGAAGCCGCCACGCCUGACUGGGCAGCUGGCGGCUCCGGAGAAAAUCGCAGCGAUCGCCUCGAGACCCGUCGCAAUGUUCACGGUUAAUGCGCUAGGGUGGGAGCGGUCCCGUGCCGCGGCGCUCAAGGCCUCGCACGACCUUCAGCUCGAGCUGGGCGUCGCCGAGGCCUCGCUGCCGCCGCUCGAAGACGUGUUCGAGCACCCCGAUCUGUCGCGGCUCCUCAUGGCUCACCUCCGAAAGACAACGCGAAACCGCCAGGUGUCUUCGCCCGGCGGUUCGCUCGACCUCGGCGACGGCCACCGCCUCCGCACCCCGUCUCUGUCUCCGUCGCCCCACCUGUCGCCGGGCCUCGGGGACGCCGGUUCGCCCGCGCUGGGCUCGCGCCCGCGGAGAGGCUGGUCGCCGUCCGGCUCUGGGGCGCGCAGGCCGGUGGGCGCCUCUCCCGGCGCCUUCGAAGACGACGAGAGCUCCCGCGAAGCGGAGCAGGCUUGCGCUGCGGCGAUGAAGGUAGCAGCCGCUCAGGGCGUUCGGUGUCUGCAGGUCUCGGACUUCCUCGCAGACGUCGAAAUCUCCACGAUGGACGCGCAGGCGGCGGCCCAGCGCCGCGCAGCGCUCGCCGCCAACGCCGCGGCGGCAGCUGAGGCGAUCGCUGCGGAGUACGCCGCGUGCGGCGCUCCGGGGGAGGACGGGGCCGACAGGAAGGACGACGCGGGCGGGAAGCGCGGGGACGUGGCGAGUUUGACAACCUCGAAAGGGAUCCACUACAGCAAGCGCGAGAGGGCGUGGGUGUGCCGGUGGACCGACGCGGUGACGGGCAAGGUGGCGGUGAAGGCUUUCCAGGAGAAGAAGUUCGGCUUUGACGAGGCGAGGCGGCUGGCGGAGAUCUACCGCAGGGCGGCAGAGGCGACGGGGCGCGUGAAGAUCCGCGAGGGUCCGGCGACCAGCACGGGCCUGCCGCUCGUCCGGUUCGUCCAGACUCGGGGGGCGGACAAGGCGCGAGGCGGCGUGUGGCGAGUCGAGUGGUUGGUCAGCGAACCGGAGGCCGAGGCAGACAGCGACGGCGCCCAGGACGGGAAGGCCGUGCAGGCGGGGUGGAAGCCGAGCCGGAGGGCCGGAGUCACGUUGCAGGUUUUAAAGCCGUUUCUGUGCCACCAGUUCGGCGUCGAGACAGGCCGGCUCCUCGCAUUGCACCUGAAGAAGAAGCUCGACGGCGUGUACGGACCGCUCGCUGAGAAGCUCCGGCGCCGACACGCCGCCGCGAACGCCCAGGGCCCUGGAUCCCAGAAGGGCGAGACGGGCCCGGAGACUGCGGCCGAGAGACCGGCCGGAGACAGGUCCGACGCGGCGGGCGAGAAGCCAGGCGAAGAGGGACAGCCCGCGGAGGCGGCUGGCGGGGUGUCUCCGCCGGGGGGACUGCCAGCGGGGGAUCACACGCAGCGAGCGCCGUCGGCUGUCUCGACUUCCUUUUUCUUCGAUCCUUCCGACUUGGAAUUUGAAGACAUUUGUUCCCAGUUCCAAGCCGUGCAGAAGAUCCUGCGGGAAACCGCAGAGCUCGAGGCCCGCGUGCACCACGCCCUCCUCACGAACGCGCCGCUUCCCUUCAUCAUGGAGCCGCCGCCGUCUCCGCCGUCUAUCUUCGCGUCUGGCGAGUGCGGCCUUCUGGCGGGCGCCUUGGGCUCCGGCCGCGACGGCGAGGGCCCCAUGGUGUCUCUCGAGGCCCUGGCUCUCGCGGCGGCGUCGGGACGCGGCGGGCGCGGAUCGCGAGGCGGUCGCCUCUCGACCGGGAGCGGAGGGAGCCUGGGACACGAAGAGGGCCGGCGAAGGAGAAAGAGAGACCCGACCGCGGAUGCGACCGGGGCGCCGGGUGCCGACGGGGACGGCUCUGUGAAGCGCGAGUCCGACGAGGAGGGCGGGAAGAGGAGACGGCGCCUGGCGACUCCUGGGAGUGGAAGACGCGGCGGAAGAGAGAGCGCCGCGGCUCGUCUCGCGGCGGUCGCUGCGGAUCUCAUCUCGACCACUGCGGCCGCCCAGGCGUCUUUGGUUGCCGACAAGCUGCAGUCGCAGAAGGACGGGGACCUAGGCAGGCUGGCUGCGCGCGACGGGGCUCGGGGGCCCGGCCGGGGCGUUCCUGGAGCGCGAGGCCUCGAGGAGCGAAGAGGCGCCCAGAGAGAGGACAGCAGCUCCGACAGCAGCUCCGACAGCAGCGACUCCGACUCCAGCAACAGCUCUGACUCGAGCAGUUCCAGCGACUCCCUCAGCAGCGGCGAAGACACCGCGAGCGUCGGACGGCCCAGUGAGCCUCGGAAACCCGACACAGGGACGCCUCUGCUCCCCUCGUGUCUUUCGUCGGAGACUCCUGCGUCGCCAGCGGCGCCCGUGCCCGCGUCGCCUCGCGAGGGACUGGGGAAGCCUGGCGCGGCAGCAGCCUCAGGGGCCCAGGCCCGGCGGGGCGGCCCCCAGCGGCGGCCACGGCAAGGCCCAGGGGGAGACGACCGAGGCGCGCGCGGGGGGAGGAGCGGCGCAGGAAGGGGCGAGACGAUGCAGGCUCCGCCAGAAGCCGUGACCGCGCAAGGGGGGCGGGCGCCCCGUGGGGCCCCGGGCUCCCCCCCUGGGGGUGCGGCUCCAUUCCGAGCGCCUGCGAGUCGUGGACGGACGCCUGAGUUGCUUGCCCAAGGAAAAGACGGCGCGGGACCGCCGGCGUCUCCUGCGCAGUCGCCUGCGGCAGGCCAGCAAGCGGAUGCGGCGCUGCCGCCUUCGGGCCUCUUGCAGCAAGGCGUGGUGGGCGUGUCCUCUGGGGGCCCGCAUGCGCCGCUGUUGAAUCCCGCGGCUGCAUCUGCACUGAACCUGGUUCUCCAGCAGCGACGCGCUCAGGGCUCGUCAGCCUUGUCGCCCUCCUCGCACCAGGCAAUGACUGCGCUGGUCGCGAGCGCCUUGGCUGCCGCAGCGAGUCGCGGUGGGGUGCCGGGGCCCGUCGCGGGCGCGGCCGCGGGCCCGUCUGCCGGGGCGCCUGCGAGUUCGGUGGGCCUCUCGUCCAGUCCGCUCCUCGCGAGGCUGGCGCAGAAUCCGCAACAGCAGGCGUGCCUGGCCGCAGCGGCCGCGGCCUUCCAGAGACAGCAGGAGCUGCAGAGACAGAUCCAGCAGCGCGCCUUGUUCUCCGCCUCGCGACUGCCGCCCAGAGUCGGAGCCGUCGGCAGAGAGGGCGAGGCCGAGCCGGCGCCCGCCUCCGGCGCUGCGCCUGCCGGGCUCCUCUCUGCCUCGUCGCCUUCGCUUUCGCCAGGCCUCUCGGCGGCCUCGGCGUCGGAAACCCUCUCGGCGUUCCGAGCGAAACAGGCGCUCGCCCACUUUCAACAGCAGAUUCGACAGGGGCUGCAGCUGCAGCACGGCGUCGAGGCCCAAGGCCUGCGGGCCCCGCAGGGCACCGCUGGGCACGUUCCCGCAGUCUCCGCGGUUCGCGGGCCUGCGGACCCAGCCAGCGGCCCCGAGGCGGGCGAGCGCGAGGACGGACCAGCGGCCUCGCUUGCGGCGGGCAGAGGGCGACUGACGGCGGCCGCGGGCGUGGCGCCAGGCGCCCUGGGGGGGCCCGGAGGCGAGCGCCUUCCCUUUCUGGUCUCUGCGAACCUCGAGAACAGACAACACCUCCAGCGGCUGCAGCAGGAGCACCUGCUGGCUGCAGCCGCCGCGGCCUCCACGGCGCGAAGUGCCGGCGGGGCGGUGGGCCUCCCGGCGGGCGGGGCGGUGGGCCUCCCGGCGGGCGGGGCGGUGAGUGGAACAGAAAGCUCGGGGGUGUUUUUUGGGGGCGCAUCGCGCCCAACCGCCCCACACUGUCUCCCGGGAGGGCCCGCGGCCCUGGGCCCCGGAGGGGCGACGGGCCCGCCGGCUGCGGCUCAUCAUCAGGGGCAACAGAGCCUUCGGUUUCAGCAGCAAGUGGCGGCGGUCCAGCAACAACAGCAGAGGCUGCCGCAGCAGAGACAGUGA